CCGCAGAACUGCACAUGUGGAGCCACAGUAACAGCAGCGAUCCUCUAGCGAAUUCAUGAUCAUCUUUUUCUCCUCUGAAGGAUUAUUUCUGCUCUGAUUUUAUAGAAAUGGAUUUUAAAGUUUGGAUUUCAGUGCUUUCAGUGACGCUCUCCUGGAUCCUCUGUACAGUUCUGUCUGCGCCAGCUGCAGAUACGCUCUCUGCUUCUGCCUCUACUGUCAGUCCGCAGCACCAUGUGCGCAACAAGCGAUGCUCCUGCGCAACUUUCCUGGACAAAGAGUGCGUCUACUUCUGCCACCUGGAUAUCAUCUGGGUCAACACACCUGAGCGCGUGGUCUCCUACGGGCUCGGGAACGCGCCCAGGGCAAAACGCGCGGUCUCGGACUCCAUGGCAACCAGGCGUGCCCCCAGGUGUCGGUGUCUGCGUGAAAAUGACAGCAGCUGCAUGGACUUCUGCCUCAGGUCAGAGACGGCGGAGGGCGCGCGGAUCCACUCCCCAGGCCACGCGCGGAGAGAAGACACGGGUGGGCCCGACAGGACCGAGAGCACCAGCAGAACCAAACGGGCCUGGCCUGCACCGCUCAGAGCGGUCCUGAAGACCCGCCUGCUGCUGGAGAAGUGGGCGGUGAGGCGGCACCCCCGAGCAAGAAUGUGGCGGGUCGAGAGCACAGCAUCCUAAACAGGACAGGGUUAGACUCAUGACCCAUGAGCUCACAGCAGCAGGGCCGUGUCCAGAACCAGGCGAUGCUGCGGGAGGGGGCGGACCCCUGAGCUGCAGCCCCUCAGGUGGAAAACACUUUAACCUGAUUCCCAGUGAAGAACGAAGAGUUUCACACCUCAGCCUCAAAGGAUUCCAGCUGCAGUCUCACAAAAAACAUGAAAGUCACAAAACUUUAAUAUUUCCUCAUCAAAGAUGCACAUUUCUCCUUUUUGUGUCCCAAAAGAGACCAAAAAAAUAACAGGAAUCAUUUUAUUUCGAUUUUUGAAAAGGCCAUGAAAGGAGUGUUGCAUCACAUUGAGGAUGCAAAGAAGAUGGGAUUCAGAUGGUUGGAAGAAAUGAAGCUAGAUAAGAAUCUGAUUUUCAUCCUGAAAUGUCAUCCUCACCUGCUUGUUUCUGUUUCACAGCCUGGCUGAGGUUUACAUACGCUAAUGUUAAGAAAAAACUGAUUUGGUCAGUAAGAAAAGACUGAUGCACAGUUAUAAGGAGAAAAAAUGAAUUUUGUUGGCAUAUUUAAAGUGAAAAAACCUCUAAAUUUAGUUUGAAAAGGAAUUUAAAGUAUAAAACUUUACAAUCUACUAUCGACUUAAUUUUUAAUUGUCAGGAAAUAAAAUAAUCUUAGUAAAGCUUAGAAAUUAAAAGGCUGAGGACAGAUUGCAUUAAAACAGACACUAUAAAAACAGAAUGCAUUUAAAUCUAAAAUGAGCUGGAGACUUGUACAUCUCAUCCAGAUUCAUGUCUUCCUGCUCCAUACAAUGUUCUCCCCGUUUUGUGACCAUUUCCUGUUUUUCCGUGAGACUGGAGCCUCGACAGGCUGUUUAAUUGGAAACAGGACUUGGACCAGAAGUCAAAGUUGGACUCUGAAAGACGCAUUUCAAAAGAAGGGAGCAGGAGCUCAGAUGUUGAUGAUGAUGCUCUUGGUGAAGGUGUUCCUGUUUUCCUCAGACUCGACUGAAACCAGAACAAUUGUUCUCCUGCAGCUGCUGGGACUGUUGUUCACUCCUGAUAUUUAUGUUCUCUUCUUUGAUUUAUUUAUUUAUUCCAGUGGAGGCCAUAUUGGUCCGCCUCACAUUUGGUGGGUUCAUUUCUGUGAAAUGGUGAAACUCUAAUAAAUUUAUUUAUCACUAACA